CCGCGAGCAGUACCUGCACUGCACCGGACCCCACACUGCGAGUCCCGGGGGCGGGACCAUGUCCGCCGGCACCACCUCGAGACAGUGAACAUCCCCGCCGUGCUCGCGCUCGCGAACCAAAGCCGAGGCCGUCGUCGGGAUGCCUCUGGUGACCGCGUUGAACUCCGUCGGGUACUCGUGGUGAGGAUGCGGCCACGGCGGCCUGCCCGGCGCUGCGUUCCGUCUAGGCCCCUCUAGGCCUCGGCGCGCGCGCUUCGACCGCGAGGAAGACAAGAUGGGGCACAGCAUGUUCAGGACGGAGGAGCAGGUGGUGAUGCAGACGCCGCUGGCGGGCGCCCUGUUCAGCGGCAAGCCCUUCCUGCCCGCACUCGCCCCCUCCGCGCACGGGCCCUCCACGGGGCUGCAGCAGGUGGCCAGGAUGAUGGACUCGCUGCUCAUGGACACCUUCUCGCCCUUCACCUUCACCAAGAUCACGACGCACCACCGCCAGAAGCAGGCGAGCCGCCGCCAGCACCACCGGGCUGCGGAGUUCAUGCAGCGGCCCGCGGAGUCGGCGGCCGGCGUGAGGGGCGGCGUCCACCAGGUCCACCACAACCACUCCCCGCCCGUGGCCAACGACAAGUGGGUCGCCUCCCUGAGGAGGAGGGACCCGGAGAUCCAGCCCGCGCUUCCAGCCAUCGGCACGCUCCGCGGCAGGUCGAGCUCGCACCCCUCCGUGGCGCGCAAGUCCCGGUCCGUGGACCGCCUGCCGCGGCCCGCGCGGCCCCGGCCCGCCGUCCAGGGCCCCGUCGCCUCCGCCGCGCUGCACCACCACCGCCACCGCCGGCCCAGCAAGAAGACGUCGUCGACGGGCUCCUCCGAGAAGGAGGACCACGACGCGGACGACGAGAAGGAGGAGCGCUCCUUCAACCCCAUCGGCUACGAGGGCCACCUCGUCGACACGCUGGAGAAGGACAUCCUGCAGCGCAACCCCGACGUGACGUGGGCCAGGAUAGCGGGCCUGGAGGACGCCAAGAGCGUCCUGCAGGAGGCCGUCGUGCUGCCCAUCCUCAUGCCCGACUUCUUCAAGGGCAUCCGGAGGCCUUGGAAGGGCGUGCUCAUGGUGGGCCCGCCCGGCACGGGCAAGACCAUGCUGGCCAAGGCCGUGGCCACCGAGUGCGGCACCACCUUCUUCAACGUGUCCUCGGCCACGCUCACCUCCAAGUACCGCGGCGACUCGGAGAAGCUGGUGCGCCUGCUCUUCGAAAUGGCCAGGUUCUUCGCGCCCAGCACCAUCUUCAUCGACGAGAUGGACUCGCUGUGCUCGCAGCGCGGCACCGACUCGGAACACGAGGCGUCGCGCCGCUUCAAGGCGGAGCUCCUCAUCCAGAUGGACGGCCUCAACUGCACCAGUGGCGACGACAAGGUCAUCAUGGUCCUCGGGGCGACGAACCACCCGUGGGACAUAGACGAGGCGUUCCGAAGGCGCUUCGAAAAGCGAGUGUACAUCCCGCUGCCGAACGAUGAAACCCGCACUGCCCUGCUCAAACUGUGCCUCGAAGGGGUGACGGUGGAGAGCGAAUUCGACCACCAGACGGUCGCCGACAAGCUGGAGGGCUACACGGGCUCGGACAUCAGCAACGUGUGCCGGGACGCUGCUAUGAUGGCCAUGCGACGCAAAAUCUGCGGCCGCAGCCCGGACGAGAUCAAGAAGAUCAAGAAGGAGGAGGUGGACCUGCCGGUGACCGUGCAGGACUUCGAGGAGGCCAUCGCCAAGUGCAAGAAGAGCGUGCCCCAGGAGGACGUCACCAAGUACGAGGAGUGGAUCGCCGAGUUCGGCUCGUCGUAGGGGCCUGUGCAUUGUCUCGGGCGAAUCCAAGCGUGAGUUAGAUUGUGUACAGCUGUUGUCAGACAAUGUUUCUUCCAAUGUUGCAUGACAUUUAUAAUUCGAUUUGUAUUAUAUAUUAAUAAAGUACUGCGCUUUUUUU